AUGGCAGCAGAGGCUGAAGCGACGCCAAGCAUGUCUAUCCUAUCCUCGGCUCAUGAAAACGAGCCGCUAACGGCACAACUCAAUUCGUAUAAGAGGGACAACGAAAAUCUUCGGACUCGGCUCACGGCACUCCAUGCGCGGGUCUCCGACCUACAAAUUGAGAAUGCCAAAGUCCAUCAGGAAUUAACUAUAGAAUGCCGCCAACAUGCACUAACUGUUAAGGAGUUGUUACAACUCCGGGAGCAAGUACAACGCCUGGAUGAGACAUAUGCCUCCCUACAACAAUCAGUGGGUGAAAUUUGUCAGCGAGCGGCCAGCCUGAGGAUUGCCUGUCAGAACGUCGAAGAGCGGUACGCUCAUGGCAGGAAUCCCAUGCCAGGUUCUUUUCAGCCGCGCCAGCUUUUACGCCAACGCCUUCAGCAUGGUCCGAUUACACUGGCCAAUCCCAGGCCGUGGAGAGAAACUUGGCGUAUGGUUUGA